CUUUUCUACAACGCACUAAACCGCUGGCAUCCCCUAAAUACUCUUUUCUCUCAUCAAAACUUAAAUAAUUUUUUUUAAUUUUUUUAUUUCUACUUUGAUAUUUUUGAAAACUCGAAACGAAAUUUCAAAAACGCUAGGAGAGCAAGAGAACGAGACGAAGAGAAAAUUCGUGUGUAGAUCGCAAGCCGUAGAAGUAAACAAAGAAGGAUUUGCAGAUCUUAAAUCAUGCUGUAAUUUUCUCGAGGAAAUUUUUUACCUUCAUUGAUUCGUUUCUAUUUUCGCUUGAGUUGGAGAACGCUUCAGCUGCCUUUCUAAAAGAUUGUUUCCAAAAGAGGGAAUUUUAGUGGAUAAUAGAAGUUCUUUUUAAUUCUCAAAAUCAUGGUUGCCACUGCUGCUACAUCCUCAUUCUUUCCCGUAACUUCUUCCCCCGACUCCUCUGACUCAAAAAACAAGAAGCUUGGAAGUGGAUCUACUAACCUCGGAGGCAUCAAGUCGAAACCAUCUGCUUCUUCUGGAAGUUUGCAAGUCAAGGCAAAUGCUCAAACCUCUCCAAAGAUAAAUGGUACCACUGUUGUAACUUCUCCGGUUGAAGGUUUCAAGAACGAAGAUGGUGCAGGUUCCCCUCAUCCUCGGACCUUUAUCAAUCAAUUACCUGAUUGGAGCAUGCUUCUUGCCGCUAUCACAACCAUUUUCCUGGCUGCUGAGAAGCAGUGGAUGAUGCUUGAUUGGAAGCCAAGGCGGCCUGACAUGCUCAUUGAUCCUUUUGGUAUAGGGAGGAUUGUUCAGGAUGGUCUUGUUUUCCGUCAAAACUUCUCGAUUAGGUCUUAUGAGAUAGGUGCUGAUCGUACGGCAUCCAUAGAGACGCUAAUGAAUCAUUUACAGGAAACCGCGAUUAAUCAUUGUAAAAGUGCUGGACUGCUUGGAGAAGGUUUUGGUGCUACCCCUGAGAUGUGCAAGAAGAACCUAAUUUGGGUGGUCACUCGGAUGCAAGUUGUGUUUGAUCGGUAUCCUACUUGGGGUGAUGUUGUUCAAGUAGACACUUGCGUCAGUGCAUCAGGAAAGAAUGGCAUGCGAAGAGAUUGGCUUGUCAGUGAUAGUAAAACUGGUGAAGUUUUAACAAGAGCCUCAAGUGUGUGGGUGAUGAUGAAUAAAUUGACUAGAAGGCUAUCUAAAAUUCCUGAGGAGGUCCGAGGAGAAAUAGAACCUUAUUUUAUGAAUUCCGAUCCUGUUGUGGCAGAAGAUAGCCGGAAAUUAGUGAAGCUCGAUAAAAGCAUGGCUGAGCACGUGCGUAAAGGUUUAACUCCUAGAUGGAGUGACUUGGAUGUCAACCAACAUGUCAAUAACGUGAAGUACAUUGGCUGGAUCCUCGAGAGUGCUCCAUUGCCGGUGUUGGAAACUCACGAGCUUUCUUCCAUGACACUGGAGUAUAGGAGGGAGUGUGGGAGGGAGAGCAUACUGCAGUCGCUAACAACUGUGUCCGACUCCAGUGUAGGAGACUUGGUGAAUGUGGGUGAAAUCGAGUGCCAGCACCUGCUGCAACUCGAGGAAGGGUCCGAGAUUGUGAGAGGGAGAACUCAAUGGAGGCCCAAGUAUGCCAAAAGUUUUGGUAAUGUGGGUCAAAUUCCAGCAGAAAGUGCAUAGAAGGAAAAAAUCCCAAAAUUUCUCUUAUUGUGACCUAAGUGGGGCAAUAGUCUGAUUGCCGUGUGUCACAAUGAUUUAUGUAGAAUCUAAUCAUGUGAUCUAUGGAUAUAUAUAUAUAUAUAUAUGCUUCUUUUUUAUAUAUAAAUAAUAUUAUAUAUUCCUUUU